UCGGUCCCAGCAAGUGUCGGUCCCAGCAAGUGCAUCUGAUAAUGGAGUGCUGUGAGGGCGGGGAGCUAUUCGACCGCAUUCGCUCGCGCAAGCGCUACCCCGAGGAGGACGCGGCGGCGGUGUGUCGCACGUUGGUGGCGGUGGUGGGGCACCUGCAGUGCCACGGCCUCAUGCACCGCGAUCUCAAGCCUGAAAACAUCCUGCUCGUCUCGCCCGCCUCACACACGCACGUCAAAGUCGUCGACUUCGGCCUCGCCCUCCCCGUCAAGCCAGGUGCCCUCCCCGUCAAGCCAGGUGCCCUCCCCGUCAAGCCAGGUGCCCUCCCCGUCAAGCCAGGUGCCCUCCCCGUCAAGCCAGGUGCCCUCCCCGUCAAGCCAGGUGCCAUCCCCGUCAAGCCAGGUGCCCUCCCCGUCAAGCCAGGUGCCCUCCCCAUCAAGCGAGGUGCCCUCCCCGUCAAGCCAGGUGCCAUCCCCGUCAAGCCAGGUGCCAUCCCCGUCAAGCCAGGUGCCCUCCCCGUCCAACCAGGUGCCAUCCCCAUCAAGCCAGGUGCCCUCCCCGUCAAGCCAGGUGCCAUCCCCGUCAAGCCAGGUGCCCUCCCCGUCAAGCCACGUGCCUUCCCCGUCAAGCCAGGUGCCAUCCCCGUCAAGCCAGGUGCCAUCCCCGUCAAGCCAGGUGCCAUCCCCGUCAAACCAGGUGCCCUUCCCGUCAAGCCAGGUGCCCUCCCCGUCAACCCAGGUGCCCUCCCCGGCAAGCCAGGUGCCCUCCCCGUCAAGCCAGGUGCCAUCCCCGUCAAGCCAGGUGCCCUCCCCGUCCAACCAGGUGCCAUCCCCAUCAAGCCAGGUGCCCUCCCCGUCAAGCCAGGUGCCAUCCCCAUCAAGCCAGGUGCCCUCUCCGUCAAGCCAGGUGCCCUCCCCGUCAAGCUAGGUGCCCUCCCCGUCAAGCCAGGUGCCAUCCCCGUCAAGCCAGGUGCCAUCCCCGUCAAACCAGGUGCCCUUCCCGUCAAGCCAGGUGCCCUCCCCGUCAAGCCAGGUGCCCUCCCCGUCAAGCCAGGUGCCCUCCCCGUCAAGCCAGGUGCCCUCCCCGUCAAGCCAGGUGCCAUCCCUGUCAAGCCAGGUGCCCUCCCCGUCAAGCCAGGUGCCAUCCCCGUCAAGCCAGGUGCCCUCCCUCUCAAGCCAGAUGCCCUUCCCAUUAAGCGAGGUACCAUCCCCGUCAAGCCAGGUGCCCUUCCCAUCAAGCGAGGUACCAUCCCCGUCAAGCCAGGUGCCCUCCCUGUCAAGCCAGGUGCCAUCCCCGUCAAGCCAGGUGCCAUCCUCAUCAAGCCAGGUGCCCUCACCAUCAAGCCACGUGCCCUCCCCGUCAAGCCAGGUGCCAUCCCCGUCAAGCCAGGUGCCCUCCCCGUCAAGCCAGGUGCCCUCCCCGUCAAGCCAGGUGCCCUCCCCGUCAAGCCAGGUGCCAUCCCCGUCAAGCCAGGUGCCAUCCCCGUCAAGCCAGAUGCCCUCCCCGUCAAGCCAGGUGCCCUCCCCGUCAAGCCAGGUGCCAUCCCCGUCAAGCCAGGUGCCCUCCCUGUCAAGCCAGGUGCCCUUCCCAUCAAGCGAGGUACCAUCCCCGUCAAGCCAGGUGCCCUUCCCAUCAAGCGAGGUACCAUCCCCGUCAAGCCAGGUGCCCUCCCUGUCAAGCCAGGUGCCAUCCCCGUCAAGCCAGGUGCCAUCCUCAUCAAGCCAGGUGCCCUCACCGUCAAGCCACGUGCCCUCCCCGUCAAGCCAGGUGCCCUCCCUGUCAAGCCAGGUGCCCUUCCCAUCAAGCGAGGUACCAUCCCCGUCAAGCCAAGUGCCCUUCCCGUCAAGCCAGGUACCAUCCCCGUCAAGCCAGGUGCCCUCCCCGUCAAGCCAGGUGCCAUCCCUGUCAAGCCAGGUGCCCUCCCUGUCGAGCCAGGUGCCAUCCCUGUCAAGCCAGGUGCCCUCCUCGUCAAGCCAGGUGCCAUCCCCGUCAAGCCAGGUGCCCUCCCCGUCAAGCCAGGUGCCCUCCCCGUCAAGCCAGGUGCCCUCCCCGUCAAGCCAGGUGCCCUCCCCGUCAAGCCACAUGCCUUCCCCGUCAAGCCAGUUGCCCUCCCCGUCAAGCCAGGUGCCCUCCCUGUCAAGCCAGGUGCCAUCCCCGUCAAGCCACAUGCCUUCCCCGUCAAGCCAGUUGCCCUCCCCGUCAAGCCAGGUGCCCUCCCCGUCAAGCCAGGUGCCAUCCCUGUCAAGCCAGGUGCCCUCCCUGUCAAGCCAGGUGCCAUCCCCGUCAAGCCAGGUGCCCUCCCCGUCAAGCCAGGUGCCCUCCCCGUCAAGCCAGGUGCCCUCCCCGUCAAGCCAGGUGCCAUCCCCGUCAAGCCAGGUGCCCUCCCCGUCAAGCCAGGUGCCCUCCCCGUCAAGCCAGGUGCCAUCCCUGUCAAGCCAGGUGCCCUCCCCGUCAAGCCAGGUGCCAUCCCCGUCAAGCCAGGUGCCCUCCCUCUCAAGCCAGAUGCCCUUCCCAUUAAGCGAGGUACCAUCCCCGUCAAGCCAGGUGCCCUUCCCAUCAAGCGAGGUACCAUCCCCGUCAAGCCAGGUGCCCUCCCUGUCAAGCCAGGUGCCAUCCCCGUCAAGCCAGGUGCCAUCCUCAUCAAGCCAGGUGCCCUCACCAUCAAGCCACGUGCCCUCCCCGUCAAGCCAGGUGCCAUCCCCGUCAAGCCAGGUGCCCUCCCCGUCAAGCCAGGUGCCCUCCCCGUCAAGCCAGGUGCCCUCCCCGUCAAGCCAGGUGCCAUCCCCGUCAAGCCAGGUGCCAUCCCCGUCAAGCCAGAUGCCCUCCCCGUCAAGCCAGGUGCCCUCCCCGUCAAGCCAGGUGCCAUCCCCGUCAAGCCAGGUGCCCUCCCUGUCAAGCCAGGUGCCCUUCCCAUCAAGCGAGGUACCAUCCCCGUCAAGCCAGGUGCCCUUCCCAUCAAGCGAGGUACCAUCCCCGUCAAGCCAGGUGCCCUCCCUGUCAAGCCAGGUGCCAUCCCCGUCAAGCCAGGUGCCAUCCUCAUCAAGCCAGGUGCCCUCACCGUCAAGCCACGUGCCCUCCCCGUCAAGCCAGGUGCCCUCCCUGUCAAGCCAGGUGCCCUUCCCAUCAAGCGAGGUACCAUCCCCGUCAAGCCAAGUGCCCUUCCCGUCAAGCCAGGUACCAUCCCCGUCAAGCCAGGUGCCCUCCCCGUCAAGCCAGGUGCCAUCCCUGUCAAGCCAGGUGCCCUCCCUGUCGAGCCAGGUGCCAUCCCUGUCAAGCCAGGUGCCCUCCUCGUCAAGCCAGGUGCCAUCCCCGUCAAGCCAGGUGCCCUCCCCGUCAAGCCAGGUGCCCUCCCCGUCAAGCCAGGUGCCCUCCCCGUCAAGCCAGGUGCCCUCCCCGUCAAGCCACAUGCCUUCCCCGUCAAGCCAGUUGCCCUCCCCGUCAAGCCAGGUGCCCUCCCUGUCAAGCCAGGUGCCAUCCCCGUCAAGCCACAUGCCUUCCCCGUCAAGCCAGUUGCCCUCCCCGUCAAGCCAGGUGCCCUCCCCGUCAAGCCAGGUGCCAUCCCUGUCAAGCCAGGUGCCCUCCCUGUCAAGCCAGGUGCCAUCCCCGUCAAGCCAGGUGCCCUCCCCGUCAAGCCAGGUGCCCUCCCCGUCAAGCCAGGUGCCCUCCCCGUCAAGCCAGGUGCCAUCCCCGUCAAGCCAGGUGCCCUCCCCGUCAAGCCAGGUGCCAUCCCCGUCAAGCCAGGUGCCCUCCCCGUCAAGCCAGGUGCCAUCCCCGUCAAGCCAGGUGCCCUCCCUGUCAAGCCAGGUGCCCUUCCCAUCAAGCGAGGUACCAUCCCCGUCAAGCCAGGUGCCCUCCCUGUCAAGCCAGGUGCCAUCCCUGUCAAGCCAGGUGCCAUCCUCAUCAAGCCAGGUGCCCUCACCGUCAAGCCACGUGCCCUCCCCGUCAAGCCAGGUGCCCUCCCCGUCAAGCCAGGUGCCAUCCCCGUCAAGCCAGGUGCCCUCCCCGUCAAGCCAGGUGCCAUCCCCGUCAAGCCAGGUGCCCUCCCCGUCAAGCCAGGUGCCCUCCCCGUCAAGCCAGGUGCCCUCCCUGUCAAGCCAGGUGCCCUUCCCAUCAAGCGAGGUACCAUCCCCGUCAAUCCAGGUGCCAUCCCCGUCAAGCCAGGUGCCCUCCCCGUCAAGCCAGGUGCCAUCCCCGUCAAGCCAGGUGCCCUCCCCGUCAAGCCAGGUGCCAUCCCCGUCAAGCCAGGUGCCCUCCCCGUCAAGCCAGGUGCCAUCCCCGUCAAGCCAGGUGCCCUCCCUGUCAAGCCAGGUGCCCUUCCCAUCAAGCGAGGUACCAUCCCCGUCAAGCCAGGUGCCCUUCCCAUCAAGCGAGGUACCAUCCCCGUCAAGCCAGGUGCCCUCCCUGUCAAGCCAGGUGCCAUCCCUGUCAAGCCAGGUGCCAUCCUCAUCAAGCCAGGUGCCCUCACCGUCAAGCCACGUGCCCUCCCCGUCAAGCCAGGUGCCCUCCCCGUCAAGCCAGGUGCCAUCCCCGUCAAGCCAGGUGCCCUCCCCGUCAAGCCAGGUGCCAUCCCCGUCAAGCCAGGUGCCCUCCCCGUCAAGCCAGGUGCCCUCCCCGUCAAGCCAGGUGCCCUCCCUGUCAAGCCAGGUGCCCUUCCCAUCAAGCGAGGUACCAUCCCCGUCAAGCUAGGUGCCAUCCCCGUCAAGCCAGGUGCCCUCCCUGUCAAGCGAGGUGCCAUCCCUGUCAAGCCAGGUGCCCUCCCCGUCAAGCCAGGUGCCAUCCCCGUCAAGCCAGGUGCCCUCCCCGUCAAGCCAGGUGCCCUCCCCGUCAAGCCAGGUGCCCUCCCCGUCAAGCCAGGUGCCCUCCCCGUCAAGCCACAUGCCUUCCCCGUCAAGCCAGUUGCCCUCCCCGUCAAGCCAGGUGCCCUCCCUGUCAAGCCAGGUGCCAUCCCCGUCAAGCCACAUGCCAUCCCCGUCAAGCCAGGUGCCAUCCUCAUCAAGCCAGGUGCCCUCACCGUCAAGCCACGUGCCCUCCCCGUCAAGCCAGGUGCCCUCCCCGUCAAGCCAGGUGCCAUCCCCGUCAAGCCAGGUGCCCUCCCCGUCAAGCCAGGUGCCAUCCCCGUCAAGCCAGGUGCCCUCCCCGUCAACCCAGGUGCCCUCCCCGUCAACCCAGGUGCCCUCCCCGUCAAGUCAGGUGCCCUCCCCGUCAAGCCAGGUGCCAUCCCUGUCAAGCCAGGUGCCCUUCCUGUCAAGCGAGGUACCAUCCCCGUCGAGCCAGGUGCCCUCCCCGUCAAGCCAGGUGCCAUCCCCGUCAAGCCAGGUGCCAUCCCCGUCAAGCCAGGUGCCAUCCCCGUCAAGCCAGGUGCCAGUCUGUUUGCCCGCAUUGAUUUCUUACACGCGCUCAUCUCGCCUCCUCCUGGCACUCCACUUCCUCCCUCCCUCACCCGUGCGGCUCUGCUCACCCGCUCCUCUCCUCUGCAUGCAUGGCACGGGGGGCAUGCGCAUGGCGGUGCGGUGUGGGUGGCAUUGGCGCGGCUGACGGUGAUGGCGGGGAGCAGCUACUACAUGGCGCCCGAGGUGCUGGACCACUGCUACGGCUGCGAGGCCGACAUGUGGAGUGUGGGCGUCGUGCUCUUCAUCCUGCUCGCCGGCGUGCCGCCCUUCUGGGCUGACAGCGAGGCCGGCAUCUUCAGCGCCAUCCGGGCGGCACGUGUGGACGUGUUCAGCGGCGGGUGGGCGGGCAUCUCCCCCGACGCCAAGGACCUCGUGCUGCGCCUGCUCACCCGCCACCCCGCCCGCCGCAUCACCCCCGACAAGGCCCUCUCCCAUCGGUGGUUCGAGUCCGUCUCUGCCGGCCCCGCAGCCUCCCCUCUGCCCAACAACGCCUCCCCUGCAGAUGCUCCCACGCGCGCCCUGUCAGCUGCUGGCCUGGCAGGUGUGCGUCCGGGCGGCACGCGCGGGUCCAGCACAGUGGGGGCAGGCGGGGAGAGGGCGGUUAAGGGAGGGGAGAGGGACGGUGGUGGUCGGCGAGGUGGGCAGGAAGGCGUGGCAGCUAGCAGGAGUGUGGAGGGCGCGGGCUGGCGGGAGCAGGGGGGGAGGGGGUGCGCGGACGAUGGGCGGGAGUUGGUGCGAGGCAGGGCGGGCAGCAGCGAGGGAAGCGUGGGCGGUGCAGCACGGCUGACACGGCACUGGUCGGAGGAUGUGGGGCGGCUGCUGAGAGGCGCAGGUGGGGCACGGGAGUGGCAGGGCGGCACGGUGGAGGAGGAGUGGAAGGCGAUGAGGAGAGAGGAGGGGAGAGGAGCGCGGGGCAAUGACAUGGGAGGGGAAAGGGAAGGAGGCGUCGAGAUGAGGGAUGAGGAGGGAGAGAGGAGCAAAGGUUGGAACAUGAGCAGGGAGAGAGGUAGAGAGAGGGAUCGAGAAAGAAAUCUGAGUAUGGACAGGGAAUGGGAAUGGGAAAAGCGAGUGGAGAUGGAUAGAGACAGAGGUAGGGAGUGGGAGAGGGAUAGACACAGGGGUAGAGACGAGGAGAGAGAGAGGAUCAGGGAAGAGGAGAGGGGUAGAGACAGAGUGAGCGAGGGGAAGAGGGAUAGAGACAGGUUCAGGGAGGAAGAGAGGGAUAAGGACAGUGAUGAGGAGGGGGAGAGUGAAAGGGACAGGUUCAGUGGGAGGGAUAGGGAGGGCGAUAGAGAGAGGUACCGAUUGCAAGAUGGUGGGAGGGCAUACAGGAGGAGUUUCGAGUUGGAUGAUGAAAGGGAGCAGAGAUGGAGAGAGCGUGACAGAGACAGUGAGAGAAGCAGAGAGUUGGAUAGCGGCAGGGACAGGCGCAGAGAGAGGGGGAAGGAGAGAGAGGAGAUGGGACGGGAGAAGGAUUGGAAAAAAGACGUGAAGGGGGAGAGGGUGAGAGGGAGACGAAAUGAAGGUAGUGGGGCGGAGGUAGGGCGUGGUAGGGAGCAGGGUGGAGUGGGAGUGGGGGAUGGAGGGAGGAACAGGAUGCUGUGGCGAGUGGGCAGUGGCAGCAGGCGGUUGGGGGAGAAGGCAGGCGGCGUGGGAGGCGUGGGAGGGGUGGGGGGUUUGCAGCGCCACAAGUCGGAUCCCCGAUUCCCCCCUGGUGCCGGGCACGCCCCCCGCCCGCGCCCAUCACGGCGCUCGCACGCGCGCCUCUCGUGCGACCUAGACGCACCGCAUGGCAGCGCCGCCACCACCCAGGGCAGGGCGAGCGCGCGGAGGAGAGCCAUGCAGCGGUCGCCGUCUCCUGAGCGCGAAAGGGGGGAGCGCAGUGGGGGGGCAGCGCACCGACGCACAGGCAGCAGCGCCGCCCACGACCCCAGCAGCACUCGCCCCUCACGGGCGUCCCACCCCACUGGGCUGCCCCCUCCCGGCGACCACCACCGGCGCUACCGCAGCUCCGGCGAUGUGCUGGCCGACCUCGCCUGCCCCAAACCCACCCCCGCCCCCCCCACCCGCACGCCCCCCUGUGCCGCACCACGCUCCCUCUCUGGCGGGCGCCCCUCUGACUGCCCCCCUCGCCCGGGGCUGGCCGGCAGCAGAGGCGCGGCAGGCAGGGAGGAGCAGAGGCUAUCCGCUACUUCUUAA